AUGGCAGCGGAAGUGCAAAAUUCAGAUAUCGGCAUAAUCCCUUCUGACAGCAUCCAAAAUAUUCUAAAUGCCGCAGCACACCACAAUCUCCAGAGUCUAGAACGGCUGGUAAAUGAAACUUCAUUCCCAGAUUGCAAAGCAGUUGACGUGCAGGAUCCUGCUACAGGGUUUUCACCAUUGCACGCUACUAUCUAUGGAAGCACUUCCCAUGCUAAUGGUACGGAGCGUGAACCGAUUUCUAUUGAAGAGCGAGCGAUCGAGAUCGUGAAAUUUUUGUUGGAGAACGGCGCUAUCUGGAAUCAACUGGACAGAAAUGAUGAGACCCCCGGUUGUCUAGCAUACCGAUUGGGUCUGGAAUCUCUUUACCAACUCAUCGUCGAUGCAGGGGUCAGGGCCGAGAUGCUCCUGACUCGGCUGGAAGAGUACGAGAGACUUGAUGAGAGUGAGGAAGGCGAUAUUCUCGAAGAUGAUACUGCUCCUCCUACUGAAUCCGUACCUCGAGAGCAUCAUGAAGUUAACAGCUCUACGUACCUCUCGUCCACAUUGUCUAGGAGUGGCAAUAUGCUGUUGGAUGAACAGCAGAACGGGGUGAUGAUGGCAUGGGAAAGCAAUAUUAUGCUGAAGUCCGCCGAUGCACUCCUACCUCGAUCGGGCCUCCAAAUUCUUAACAUCGGCUUUGGCAUGGGCAUUCUCGAUACACAUAUUCAGAAUCACGCAAACAAACCUGCAAACCACCAUAUUGUUGAAGCCCACUCAGAGGUUCUAAGUGAAAUGCAAGCCACAGGAUGGAUGGAUAAACCAGGCGUCGUCAUUCACAAGGGCAGAUGGCAAGAUGUUCUUCCGGCCAUUGUGGCGCAGGGAGUUACGUUCGACGCGAUUUACUUCGAUACCUUUGCAGAGUCGUACGGCGAAUUCCGCGAGUUUGUCUCCGAGCAAGUGAUCAGUCUUCUUGAUCAAGAAGGGAGGUGGUCGUUUUUCAACGGUAUGGGCGCCGAUCGCCAGAUUAGCUACGAUGUGUAUCAAAAAGUUGUCGAGCUAGAUCUCUUCGAGUCAGGAUUUGACGUGGAUUGGGACCUGAUGGAGCUGCCAAAGCUGGAUGCCGAAUGGGAAGGUGUACGCAGGAAAUACUGGAAUGUCAACAGUUACCGACUUCCGAUAUGUAAAUUCAUGGAAUGA